ACGGUGAGUAUCAUCCUCCGGAACCAGAGCUAAGAAGCCUUUGCCAAAGAGAAAAAGAUAGAGGGACAUAUUUGUAUCUUUAUACAAUCAUGUUUACUGGAUCUUCUGGUUACAGUUAUUAUGGACAAUCAUUACAAAAAAUGGCAGAUAUUGCAACAGAAUAUCUCCCAAAAAGUGCUGAUAAAGAAUCUUUAAAAUGUCAAUAUGUUCUUGCGAUUAAUGAAAUUAUGCUGACUGAGCAUUUUACACGAGUAGCUGAAAGCCUUCGAUUUCAUAAGCCAAUGCUAAUAAGAAAAUAG